CCUCCAGCUCAAACACAAACGUAAUCCGUCGACCAACUCGCUUCGCCUUCGUCCCAACCACCCUCCAUGGCUAAGCGCUUCAAGCUCAGACUCUCCCGCCUCCUCCAAAUCUGUCGCUCCAAACAACCCCCGACUUACCCGCAGAACCGGUCGAGGGCGGAGGCUCACUGGCUGUUCCAUGCGAACCCCACGUCCCUCGACAUCAGCUUCACCAGCUUACCCGCCCCGCCUCCGUCGACCCCCGACGACUCCUUCAUCGCUCUCCACGUCGCCUCCGUCCGCAGCAGGUCCUGCGCCGACUCUCCGUCCGAGUACACGUGGCCGAAGGACGGACAGUUGCACGUAAUCUCGAGACGGAGCCGGAGCCAGUGCCAGAACCAGAGCCAUCCCAGGCCUCGUCGGAAGAUAUGCGGUGUUUUGAGAUUCGACGAUGGCGACGUGGAGACGACGUCGCCCGUCCUGGUGAGGCGGGGCGACUGGAGGAUGAAGCAGAAGAAGAAGAAGAGCUGGGGGAAAGGCAGAACGACGUCGUCGGUCGUCGGGAGGAGCGUGACUUCCAGCGACAGCGGGUGGUUCAGCUCGGACGGUGGCAGCGACAACAACGGGGACGAUGAGGACGAGACUGACGCGUUGCUAUCGACUUCCAGAAGCUUUUCGAACGACAUGUUACCCGAAUUCUACCGCACCACGAACCCGCUGGAGAAUCAGGCGACGAAGGAAAAGCAAAAAUCCCCCCAAGACGAGGACAACGACACCGAUAGGAACAGAAUGAGGAGGCUGAGGCGCUCCAUCAGCGGGGACCAAGAGGAGGAGGCGGAGGCGGCCGGGGAGAGGAGGUGGGAGGUGGUGAUGGGGGAGAGCGUGGCGGUGGUGAAGAGGUCGGAGAAUCCGCUGGAGGACUUCAAGUGGUCGAUGGCGGAGAUGAUAGUGGAGAAGCAGAUGUUCGGGGCCGGGGACCUGGAGCAGCUCCUGCAGUGCUUCCUGUCGAUGAACUCGCGGCACUACCACGGCGUCAUCGUGGAGGCGUUCGCCGAGAUAUGGCAGGUCUUGUUCUUCGAUUCACGGGGCGACACGGAACGGCUUCGGGCCGUCUCCUCGUCUGCCUCGGGCGCGGUCGAACGUUGUUAAAGAAGAUCGAGCGACUCUUCUUCUCUCUCGUGGGGAUUAAUUAAUCAACACUUUGGAUAUUUCCUUGACAAUAAAUUACUGAUUUCUUUUUCAAUGGUGGAAGAAUUUAUUUGCUGGUGUAUAUUUGAAGCAAUAAAACAUCUCGUCUUUCUU